GAAGAGGUGGGACUAACGGGGGUCUUAGUGAAGAGAUGUUGACUUUCGGUGUUUGGCUUUCGCUCUUACUUCGUCCCAGUUGACGGACGAAGCGCGUCGAUCGUCCCCCAUCAAGUGGACCUUUUCCGAUAUUUUUCAUCGGGGAGUACCUUCCGAUGUGCUGCUGCUCUACACACGCUCAAACAUCUGCUUUGCAUCGGCAACGGGAUCGCGAAGGUGUCGAGUGAAGGAUGCACGCGACGCGAAGCCCCUCGUCCAUUUCGGCCACACCUCCAGGGGACGCCCUGGACCUCAGCUUGUCCGGCUCGCGUCUCUCCUUCUCCAAAAGACCAGGCGCCGGCGUGUCACCCGCCGGGAAGUUGUUGGCCCGUUCGGUGUCGGUGUCGGCACCAUGCGAGGCCCGAGGGAAAUGCAACACCCUGGGUGACAGCGUGGCGAGCCCUCGCUCGGUCAAGAACCUGCGGCGUUCCAACAGCACCACGCACGUCAACCAGCAGCCACACUUUGCGCUCAGUCCAGACCACCAGAGCGGUGACUACUUGACUGUGUUGGACAAUGGCGCCGACGGCCGAAAGAAACCGGACGGAACCACAUGGAACAUCUUGGAUGAGCAGCCUCGGGCAGCGGGCGCCGUCGCCGCAGACCCACCCGCCAGGACAAAGGGACGAGACCCCGCCGCAUCCUUCACUGCCAACAAUAGGAGCAACAAGGGCGGCGUGGGUAACGCCGUCACCUCCAUCCUGCACAACAACCACGGCGACAAGCCGCUGACGCCCAAAAGCUCCAACCAGAGGCCGCCCUUCAACAACCUCCUGAAGGCCAACGCCAACGACGACGUCUCUCUGGAGAGCGGCUCCCUCACCAAGUCCCAGAAGAACUUCUCCGCUGCGUCGGCCAACAACAAAAGUCCCGCCGGGCCCGGCAGCCCGCUCCUGCAGCACCGCAACCAGGUCUCAGAGGAGGAGGCCGAAAGGUUCAUCCAGCAGGUCAACCAGGCGGCCGUCACCAUCCAGCGCUGGUACAGACGUCACGCAGGGCGGCGCCGUGCCAACCGUGCGGCGCUGCGCCGUAUCCUGGACACCAAACGCAAGGAGUGGCAGGCGCGAGUCGAGGCCGAGAGUCACCAGGAGACGGUGCCGGACCAGCGCAAGCUGAUUCGGGAAGAAAAAGCUCGCCAGGCCCGCCUCGCUGCUAUUCAGGGGCUGCAGCAGAAAAGAACACAGCAUCUUCAGCAUCCUUCUCAUCUUCAUGGAGCUCAUCCUCAGCAUCAGGGUGCCGAGGCGGAUGAGGAGCAGCGGAGGCCGGGCGGCGCCACGCCGGCCAAGAGUUUCCCAAGCCACGCGUCUCCGACCGACAGCGUCAACUUGUCGCCAACGCACGCCAAAGCCAACAACACAGACUUUCAUGCCAAGGUGACGGGCGACUUGAGCCAAGGGAGCUUCGGGGCGCUGUCGCCGGCGUUGUCCAAUCGCAGAGGCUCGCCGUGUGCUCAGGAGCGCGGCGGCGGAGCAGAGCAAGACGACGAUGUCGAGGGGAAGUCGAUACGUCAGGCGAGACCCCGCCUGUCUUGCCUGACGCUCCUCGAGCCCGACCCUUGUGAUCUGUGCGCCAAGCUUCCCCUGGCCGCCAGAAGUCCUGCUUCGCCUCCCGGAAUGGGCCCCAGCUCCACGGCAGAUGUCAAGACCAAGAAGGCGCAAGAAUUUGCUGAGCUGUCCUGUUUCCGAGUGGUUUCGCCCUCCUUGUCCAGUCGUGGAGGCUCCCGCUGCUCCCAGGAGCGUCCUCGCGGGCGUUUGAAUGGCGGCGGUGACGACCGCUCCUGCGCCGCGUCCAAGUCCACCCUCAACGACCUGCUGGACACGCUCAAACUGCUGGAGGAGGAACCCGAGCGCCUCUCUCAGCCCAAAUCUUACAACAAAGACAAAUACGCUUGGAUGGAGCAGGACGGCGAUGCAGACUCGCUGACGGCCGAUAACCUGGAGCGUCACGUCCAGCUCAGCUUGCCGGCGGCGGCAGACGGGGCGGCGUUGCUGUCGGAGGCCAAGCUGCAGAGCAUCAUGAACUUCCUGGACGAGAUGGAGAAGUCGGAGCAGGAGCGUCCGCGCUCCACCAGCUCGCACAGAGAGGCAGCGUUUUUGGAGGAGGAGGAGGCGACGGCACUGGACCCAGCCUCGGCCACCGCCGCCCAAGUGUCCGGCUCCAUCAUGAGGAUCAAAAUGGAGCUGGAGGAGAAGAAGCGUGUGGUGGAAAUGCUGCAGAGCGCGCUGGCACAGCAGAGGGAGCUGACGGUGCAGCACGUAAAGGAGACGGAGAAGGAACUGAGCCGGAACCUUCAGCUGCAGAGGGACCAGUACGAAGCUACGGUGCAGAGACACCUCACCUUCAUCGACCAGCUCAUCGCCGACAAAAAAGCACUGAGCGAGCGAUGCGAGAGCGUCAUCGCCGAGCUCAAGCUGGUGGACCACAAAUACACCAAGAAGAUCUCGCAGAUGCAGGAGCAGCACGAAAUGGCUCCGUCUCCUUUCCCGCCUCAGGUUUGGCAAAUCCUGGGCCCGCUGUGCGAGGAGAUCAAGAAGCUGAAGCAGCUGAUGAGUGUCACGGAGAAGAUCCGGCGGGAGAAAUGGAUCGAUGAGAAAACCAAGAAGAUCAAAGAGAUCACAGUCAAAGGUUUGGAGCCCGAGAUCCAGAAGCUGAUCUCCAAGCACAAGCAGGAGCUGAAGAAGCUGCGCACGCUCCACGAGGCCGAGCUGCUGCACGCCGAGGAGCGCGGCGCCGAGCGCUGCGCCCGCCAGUGCGAGGAACUGCGGCAGCAGCUGGAGAGCGAAAAGGAGGAGCAGUGCCGCAGGGAGCACGACUUGGCCCGCCGACACUUUGAGAAGCAGCUCCAAGAGGAGGAGCUCUCCCUGCAGCAGCACCGGAAGCGCGUGCACAGGGAGCUGGCUGAAGAGAAGGAGCGGCUAACGCAGCAGGCGGCCAGGCAGCGCUCAGAGAUGGAGGAGCUGCGUCAGCGCAUGGAGGAAAACUCCAGCGUGGCCGGACGGGUCUUCAGGGAGGAGCUGGACAAAAGCAGAGAGGAGCAGGAGAGGAGGCACCAGGCAGAGCUGAAGAAGCUGCAGGAGCGUUUUGCACAGGAGAAGAUGGGCUGGGAGGAGGAAUACAGGAAGAAGCAGGAGGCGGGGCUCCUCAGGCACGAGCGGCAGCUGCGAGAGGAGCUGCGGCAGGAGCGCGACAAAGAGAUCCAGCUGGCCAUCUGGACGCUGGAGGAGGAGACCAACCGGGACAAGGAGGAGUGCGAGCGGGUUGCUCACAACAGGGUGACUCGUGUGCGGGAGACGUACGAGGUGGAGCUGAAGGAGCUAGAGCGCACUUUGCGAGAGGCGCUGGACAAGCAGCAAGAGCUGCGGAAGCAACACGCCGACGCGCUGCAACAAGUGGACGUGCUCAAGGAGGCGCUGCAGCACAAGGAGCAAGACCUGCUCGUCGUCACGCAAAACCGGGACCAGCUGCUGGAGGAGCGCCACGGGCUGGCCUCGGCCGUCCGGCAGGAGUUCAGCGCCCGCCUGCUGCUGGCCGAGGAGGAGGCGCAGAAGGCCAGGGCCGAGACGGAGGAGGCGCGCAGCGCGCUGCGAGCCGAGGUGGACAAGCUCACAAAGGAGAAGGAAGACGAGCUCCACCAGGUGCACUGCCGAGUCAAGUCGGCCAUCUUGAAGAAGGACGAGGCAGUGGGCGCUCUGCGGCGGCAGCAUGAGGCCGCCCUGAAGAGGGCCGAGCGUCUGGAGGCCUUGUGGGAGGAGCAAAGGAGGCAGCUGAUGGAGAAAUGAUGCCACUGCAAAGUACUCAUCAGACACGAGCCGAUGAUGAAUGACCACCAGUCCACCGUUGUCGGCGCCGUCCACCAAAAUUGAGGUCAAAGUGCAAGGCGAGAGCUUGCCCGUAUCGGUUUUCACGGCCAGCACUUUGACGUCAGUUUGGCUCGACACCCGAGAUGGCCGCCGGUAUCCCAGCAUCGCGUUGAGGCGGGAAGGAAAGAAAAUUUGUGGACGUAAAGUGACAGACAGGAAGGAGCAGCCACAACUGAGCUAUCCUGCUCUCUGGCCCCACCCCCUCCCAGGCAACAAUGCUUCCAGAUGUUUUUGUGGCCAGCCCGUGCAGGCAGGCCCGUGCAGGCCCGUGCAGGCCCACGCCCCCGAGGAGAAGCUCAGCCAAUGUUUUCAAGAAGGAGAAGAGGACGUGUCGGCAAGGACGGCGUGCGUGGCCGUCGAGGCGUGCCAGCGAGGACCGAGAAGAAUGUGUGGACGCGAAAGAAAAAAGUUAAAGGUGGCGGGGGCGCAAAACAAACGGCGCCGGCUGGGGCUGAUGUCUUCACGUUCAAUCGCUAUUUAUUGGGGUGGGGUUGCCUGAGCUCCCCGCUCUCUCUUUGGGCCCAUUGACAUUUGUUCAGCCCCCUUUUUCAAUUAAAACUACAUCUUUCCUUUUUCUA